AUGGCGCUGCAGCUGAAGAACGGGGAUGCAGCUUACUACCAGAGUGCGGAAUAUUGCAGACAUUACACUUCGCCUCCCGUAAACUACGGUGACAGCAGGCAUUAUCUUGCCCGUUUGCCAGGACCAGGGACCAUGUUGAAGCCCCCUAUGAGUCUCUUCAGCCUCCCCCAGCAGCCUUUUCACCACAUGGACUCUCUGCACCAGCUGAGACCCCCACCAAUGGCGCCUACACAGACUCUUGGCCCGCCACCCCUUGCCCCUGCUCAGGCACUUGGACCUCCUACUAUGCUACCUACCCAGACUCUUGGCCCCCUGCCUCCUCACGUGUUAAGACAUCCCCUUAUUGCCCCCCCACACAGCUUAGGCCCCCCUCCAAUGGCCCCAACACAGCCAAUGGGGCCUCCACCAAUGGCACACUCCUUGGGUCCCCCACCUAUAGAUCAUACACACACAAUCGUGCCUCCAAACAUGGACCUUAUACAACCGUUGGGGCCUCCACCUUUAAACCUUGCACAGGCCCUGGUGCCUCCACCUGUAGUGGGACCCGGAGCCGGAAGAUUUUCCCUCCCUCCAAGCCCCAUGUGCUCCCCUCCUCCAAUGGGCCCAGACCCUUCACACCUGCCCCCAAUGCCCCCACGACCAGCCCAGAUGUCCUGCCUCCUCCCUGGCCCUCUCCUGGGUCAGGCAGCCCCAGCCAGCGAGCUGCCCCAGGAUGAGGGCUCUCUGCUGGGGAUGGAGGAGCAGGACGACUCACUGGGGGAACUCUGCAAACCACUGUACUGUAAACUCUGCAACGUGACCCUCAACUCUGCUCAGCAGGCGCAGGCGCACUACCAGGGAAAGAACCACAAUAAGAAGUUGAGGAAUUUCUAUGCUAGCAGUCAGCAGCCUCCAGCCACCAGGAUACCAGAGGUCGUCGAGGCGGCUGGCCAGACAUCCCUCAGCUCAGGACCAAACGACAGUGACGCAGGCAGACAGGCACAGUAUAAGGGAGCGACCCGGGUCAUCUUGGCCACAGAGAAUGACUAUUGUAAGCUGUGUGACGCCUCCUUCAGUUCACUGGCAGUUGCACAGGCCCACUACCAGGGCAAGAACCACGCCAAGAAACUACGACUCGCUGAGGCCCAACAAAACUCCAGUAACCUGUAG